CGGAAUAUUGCAAACAGUCCCCUUUAGAACCGCGCAGAUUCUUAUGGGUACAUUGAUACAUCCCAAACUCCUUAAGAUCGAAUCAGAUACACUGUUGCGCAUGUUUAAGCUUUACUUCUGAGAUGGUCGCUGCAGGUGGUGCCAGAGGAAAAUUUGGAGAAGUUGGUCAUCCGUACAGGGUGCGCAAAUAACGUGCGAUCUUGAGAGAUUGGACCGACGUUCCCGAGUUGACCAGUGAGAUUUGCGCGAGGGUCCGUGAAAAUGGAUCGUGGUUUACUGUCGGGAGCGAUUUUCGGAAUGUUGUUGCUCGGACUUCUUACACCGGCAAGAUCUGAUGGGGGGUGUGUUUGCAGUGGAAAAUCCCAGUGCGACUGUCAAGGAAUCAAAGGCGAUAUGGGUGAUCCUGGGUAUCCUGGCAUUUAUGGUGCAAGAGGAAGACCAGGGUAUCAAGGAAUUGAGGGCCCUCCUGGAGACCAUGGUCCAAAAGGAAAUAUGGGAAUUCCAGGCAUCCCCGGACCCAAAGGUUCCAGGGGAGUUCCAGGGAAUGCAGGAUUCUUGGGCCCACCAGGGCUUCCUGGGUUCCCUGGGAAAAAGGGACCUAUGGGGUUUCCUGGUCUACCAGGAUGCAAUGGCACAAAGGGUGAACCCGGUACACCAGGCAUUAUAGGACUGAGAGGACGUCCUGGCCCACAGGGAAUUCAAGGCAUCCAAGGACAUAAGGGAGAUACCUAUUACUUCCCGCCCAGCGAAGCAGUGAAAGGACUUCCUGGUAUUCCAGGUAGAAAAGGAGAAAAAGGUCUGCCAGGGAUGCCCGGGUUACUGGGACCAGAGGGACCAGUUGGGCCUAGAGGUGCAACAGGAAUACAAGGAUUUCCAGGGGUCCAAGGAGAGAAGGGCCUGGAGGGUCGAAGCAUGUUAUUAUCUGGGCCCAGUGGUGAAAAGGGUGUAAAGGGUCCACCUGGUGUACCAGGACAAAAAGGCGUAAAGUUAUUUGUAACAGGACGAAACGAGCUAAAGGGUGAAAAAGGUGAUCCUGGAGACACUGGAUGCCUUGGACCAACUGGUCGUCCUGGUCGUCCAGGUACCAAGGGGGAGACUGGGGAAAGAGGGGAGCCUGGUUUUCCGGGGAAUGCUGGAAACGAUGGGAAUCAAGGAGAGUUUGGCCUUAAGGGUGAGCCUGGAGAUGUUGGAUUUCAAGGGGCAACAGGUGUAGCUGGGGAUACGGGUUCAAAAGGUGAUCGUGGCCCCCCUGGUAUCCCUGGAGAGUUCAUUGUAGUAUUUGAGGAGGUCAAUGGUCAAAAAGGUUUUCCUGGACCACCGGGACCCCCAGGUCCCCGAGGUAGUGAAGGUUCCAUUGGCAAUCCUGGAAAUCUAGGUCCUCCUGGCCUUGCCUUACCUGGACCUAAGGGAAAGACAGGUUACCCAGGGUUUAGGGGUGAGAGAGGUGAAAAAGGAGAACCUGCACCUAACGUCACUGGACCCAAAGGAAUUGAUGGGCGACCAGGGGAACGAGGACCCCCGGGUGACCCUGGCUCUCCAGGACCUCCAAAUGUCAAUAAGCGUGAAGGACCACAAGGGCCCAAGGGUGAAAAAGGUCUAACAGGACCCGAGGGUCUGCGUGGAGACCCUGGGAAACCAGGAGAACAAGGCUCUCUUUGCAGGCUGUGCUCUGUCUCUUUUAUUGAACCUGGACCCCCGGGACCACCUGGAGAUCCUGGUAAACAUGGAGAGCCAGGUGUUGAGGGAUUUCAAGGCGCUAAAGGAUCCAAAGGUUUCCAAGGGCCAGAAGGUCCACCUGGUCUUCCGGGUUCAUUAGGUCCACAAGGUUUACCUGGGCCUCUGGGUGUCAAAGGAGUCAGAGGGACAAGAACUGAGAUUGGGGAGAAGGGCCACAUAGGACAAUCUGGUUAUGCAGGACCAUCUGGGAUAAAUGGAAAAGAUGGCAUACCAGGCAACCCUGGCUUCAAAGGACCACCAGGACCAAAAGGAAACCCAAGUCCUCCAGGACCUAAGGGGAACUGUGGUGACCAAGGACCUUGUGGGGAGCCUGGCAGGACAGGUCCAAUGGGCAGCCAGGGGUCAAUGGGUGUGGGGCAACCAGGGGUAUCCGGAGAGAAAGGCAGUUUGGGAGUUUUGGGUCAGCCAGGAAAUCCUGGAGAACCAGGCGAGAAAGGAUCUCCAGGAUCAGUACAAAUGACACCUGGAGACUUGGGGGAACCUGGACGGCCUGGUCCACCUGGUCUGCCAGGACCUCCAGGUAUUGAGGGCAGCACUGGAGUUCAAGGAUUUCCUGGACUGUGUGGGUUAAAAGGAGAGACAGGACCAUCAGUCCAAGGAGGAAAUGGACUUACUGGCCCUAAAGGUGAUAAGGGUGUUAAAGGGAUGCCGGGCCUACCUGGUUUUGGAUGUGCAGGCCGCCCUGGCCCUCCAGGACCACCCGGAUUUCCAGGAUCAAAGGGGGAUAUGGCAUUCGGCUCCCCAGGGCCCGAAGGUCGGCAGGGGCUGCCAGGAGAUGAAGGGGCUCUUGGGUCACCUGGAAACUGUGGCCCUUCUGGAUUACCUGGAUGUCCAGGUCAAAGAGGAAGGGAAGGGCAACCAGGAGACUGUGGUGUACGGGGUCUUGAUGGUUCACCUGGAGAUGCUGGGGUUACAGGAGACUGUUUUCCAGGAGUCAAAGGUGAUGAUGGGCCUUUAGGAAUCAUAGGACUAGAUGGACCAACAGGGGUUCUAGGGCUGAAGGGGUCACAGGGUGAAACUGGACCAUCUGGACAGGGUGAACCUGGUCCAACAGGUAUGGUUGGGAUACCUGGGAGAAAUGGAGUGGCUGGAUUGAUUGGUAUCCAUGGACCAACAGGUUUCAGAGGCCGAGAUGGCUCACCAGGCUUCCCAGGUCCACGUGGAAAUCAGGGGGAUACUGGAAGCAUAGGUCCACCUGGAGUAGAGGGAAAUCCUGGACCACCUGGAGCCCCUGGACCUAAAGGUUUCAUUGGUAGGAAUGGAGUUCCAGGUGUUAAAGGAAUACCAGGGGAACCAGGAGACCGUGGAGCCAGUGGUCCUAAGGGACAACCAACAAACCUCAUGUCUCCAGGAGAUCCUGGUGAUCCUGGCCAACCAGGUCUUCUUGGUGUAACAGGCUUUAAAGGGUACUCUGGAAUCCCAGGCAACUAUGGAGAAUCUGGAAAGAAUGGACUUCCAGGCAGUACUGGUCCACCAGGUCCGCCUGGUGACCCAGGCCAGAAUGGGCUUCCUGGAAAUAGGGGUUUUGAUGGAAAUUGUGGGGAUCCAGGGGUUAUAGGGUCCCCAGGAGUGAAAGGCGAAAAAGGUUUGCCUGGAGUUUGUGGGGAACCUGGGACUCCUGGUGUCACAGGACAAAAUGGACCAAAGGGCAUCAAAGGUGAACCCAGUCAGCCUGGGGCAGGGCUUCCAGGACAACCAGGCGAGAAGGGUGAACCAGGUUGUCCAGGGAGUAAAGGGGAAAAGGGUGACAAGGGUAUAUAUGGGAUGGCUGGGACACCAGGUUUGGCAGGGUUUCCUGGAGUAAGAGGUGAAACUGGAGUACCAGGAGAUCCAGGACCCCCAGGACCUCCUGGUGAUAAUGGUUUCGAUGGAUUUCCAGGUCCAACUGGAAAUCAAGGGCCCUGUGGUCCACCAGGUGUUCCUGGUUUGGCUGGAGAUCCAGGAUCUCCAGGACCCAGAGGAGAGCAAGGCAGAGACGGUAUUCCAGGGCCAUCUGGCGCAAAAGGAGUUAGAGGGCUCACUGUGAAUGGGAAUCCUGGCCCACCAGGUAUUAAGGGUGAGAAAGGUACUAAAGGCAGUUCUGGACCCCAAGGGCCAUUUGGGCUACAAGGACCCUACGGGCCAGUGGGAGAAAAGGGCCCUCCAGGCCAACCCGGAGAACCAGGGCCUUGUGGGUGUCCAGGUCCAGCGGGCUUGUGUGUUGAUGGUCCAAAAGGGGAGAGAGGACCUUAUGGACAAUCUGGCCAACAAGGUCUCCAGGGACCACGUGGGCCUCCUGGUGACCCAGGUCCAGGGUUGAAGGGAGAUAAAGGUGAUACUGGGUCCCUGGGGCUUAGAGGAGGGCCCGGUUGCACCGGUGACAGUGGAGUUCCAGGAGUACCAGGUAGAGAUGGAGGUCCUGGCUCUAAGGGCCCAAAAGGAGAUACGGGGCCUAUGGGUGAGGUCGGACCAAUCGGUAUAAAAGGAAGUUGUGGUCCAAGCGGCCCUCCUGGAUUAAAAGGAUGUAAAGGAUCACCUGGACCUAAAGGGCCGAAAGGUUACGAUGCUAUGGAUGAGGUCAUCGCUAUUCCAGGAGACCCUGGUACACGUGGAAAAGCUGGUGAGAAAGGAGAGCAAGGAUAUCCUGGUCCUCCAGGAUAUACAGGUCCACAAGGAACUCAAGGUCGAAAGGGAGCCACAGGUCUAGAUGGGGUUCCGGGAAGGCCUGGAAUCACUGGACCAAAGGGAGACAGCGGCCCACCAGGGCUACAAGGUGCUCGUGGUUUGUCAGGUGAAGUGGGUAUCAAAGGCUCUGUAGGUCCUAAGGGGACAUUUAUGCAAAAUGGCACCAGAGACAGCUUCCUUUUUACCAGGCAUAGUCAAAGAAGAGACGUCCCAACCUGCCCUAAUGGAUCAAGAUAUUUGUACUUCGGAUAUUCACUCCUCUUUAUCAAUGGCAACAACCGUGGACAUGGGCAGGACCUAGGCACUAUAGGAAGCUGUUUGCAGAGGUUCUCCACCAUGCCUUUCCUGGUCUGUAACCCUGAUGAAUCCUGUCGCUACGCUUCUCGAAACGAUUACUCCUAUUGGCUGUCUACAGACACACCAAUGUCCAACAACCAGGAUUUGAUCAGUGAUGACUUAUUGGAACAGUACAUUAGCAGAUGUGCAGUAUGUGAGGCACCUGCUAAUGUGAUAGCAGUUCACAGUCAGACGAAUCAGAUCCCAUGGUGUCCUGCUGGAUGGCUGUCUUUGUGGCAAGGUUACUCCUUUGUGAUGCAAACAGCCGCAGGUGCAGAGGGUUCUGGGCAGCCGCUGGUCUCUCCCGGGUCUUGUCUGGAGGAGUUCCGCAAGAUUCCAUUCAUAGAGUGUCAUGGGCGUGGCACCUGUAACUUCUAUCCUGAUUCCUACAGCUACUGGCUGGCAUCGCUUGACCCUAGUAGAAUGUUCAGUAUUCCAAUCCGUCAGACAGCAAGACAACAAGACAUCAUCAGCCGCUGUCGGGUCUGUAUGAAGCAGUAGCCUUAAGGUCAGAGGUCAUGACCUUUAGAAGCAACACCUUGGUAGACAACACAAAUUACUGAACUGUCGGUUACCAUGACUUGUGCAAUGUCAGUAGUUUCUGUGAAGCAAGCUCUCAAGCACUAUUCCCGGAAGCAACUGGGUUUAUUUUAGCCAAUAAAAAUGCUUUAGUAGCUACAAUCCCUUCCACCAAUUAAGGAUUUCCCCCAUUGUUGCUGUGUUUGAUGUUACCUGGUUACCACUGAUCCAGGUAGUCAGUGGAAUAAUACAUUUAUGUUCAUUUGUCCAAAUCAGGCCUAACUGUUGUACAAACCCAUGUUAAUAACAAUAAUUUUGUAAUUAUGAGUGGAAAUGGCCAGGAAAAGAACCUAUGGACUAGUUUAUUGUAAAGAAAAUUAAGUUGGUAUGAAUUUAGAAGGCUGGUUUGGUUUGUAACCGCACAGGCACUUACAGUAUAGAUAUGUUAUAUUUAAAAUUAUCUUUAUUCAUAACUGAGCUGUCAAAUCAGAGUUUGUGGUGACUUAAUUUCAAUUUAGCCAAAUCAACCAGUAGGACUAAUGCUAAUUACGAAACCCCUUUGUAAUGCUUUCAUGCUCUAAAUUGUAACCUAUCUUUGAUAUCUAUCUUUGAGCAUGAGACGAAGUUAAUCAGACAUUUUUAAACUUUAUAUAAGGAAACAGAUCUUUAAGGUAACAAUUGCAUGUUACAUCACUUUUUUGUAACUGUAGGAUCUUUAUUCAAGAAAGAAUUCAAGUAAGCCUAUUUCUAAGAGUACUAAGAUAGUUGCACAAACAAAGCUGAUUCUUGGAGAAUAUGUUUUUGGAUGCUAUGGUUUUGAAAAGGCAUAUUUAAGCUCAUUCAAAUUUGACUCUGAAUGACCCAGAUUUCGUGGUGCUACUUGCUGGAUGAGUGUAAAAAGGAAAAGAAACUUGAUUUUUAGGGUCAGGGCAAAUGAGAGAAAGUGUGUAUAUUGUAUUUUAUGUAUUCAAAAGAUACACAUUAAAUAACUGAAUUAAGGAAUUAGAUCCUUCUUAUACAAUUAAUACAUCAUUACAUGUAAAUCCUUUCCCAUGUCUGUUGUAAUUUAAUAUAAGACAGCAAUGCCAAAUCAAAUGGCUAUUAAUGACUGUAAUGUUGCCAAUACUUAAUCCACAGAAAAUAUGAAAAAGGCCUUCAAUAUAUAAUAUGCUUUAUUAAAGAUCAGACACUCUGAUGGCUUCAGUUAGGUGUACAUAUUUCGUGUUGUAUAUACGCCUAUUCAAAAUGAUAGGAUGCAGCAUUGGCAGAAAGCCAAUGUGAUACACUGUUUUGUGUUUUUUUAGUGACACUAAAAACUUGUUCACACCUUUUUCAAGUAUUUUGUAUUACUGCAGUGUUUUAUAAAACUGUAUGCUAUUUUUGAAUGGAAAUGCUGUAAUUUUUUUGUCAAAGAAUAAAUCAAUCAUUUUUUGUAGAAAACAUGAA